AUGCAGGACUUUGUUGAGGCUUUGGACGUGGUGGCAGAGGCUCUCCAGAAGGAUGACCAGCAGCACCCAGCAAACUCGAGCAAAGCCGUUCCUCCGCUGGACCCGACAUUCGGCACACUUCUUCAGAGCAUUGCAAACGCAGCGGCACAUGACCUCCGCAAGUUGUUUGUUGCCACCAUGAAGCCGCCAGUGAACCAAGACGACGUCAAGGCCAUUUGCGCGGAGUGCAAGAACACCAGCGUCAUGCUUGUUGCACACUGCACCAAUGCCCUCACACAGAGCACGGCGCUGCACGACGCCAUGCUGCCGCUGGUGGAGGCGUACCUCAACACAACGCGUGCAUGGGUCCGCGCACUCAUCCAGAACAACAGCAUCGGCACAGCGUGA